CUUGUCCUUCCCCAUCGACUUUCCCCUAGUGGCUGAGGACCUUGUACGCCGGCUGUUGGUCAGGGAUGAGGGUCGUCGGUCCAGCAUCGCCGAGGUCUUGUCGCAUCCUUUGUGUACCUCCAUAGGGGCCCCUCAGCCACCUCUACCACAACCU